CACGUAGAGUGAAGUAUUGUAAACUCUUUAUUUCUUUAUGUUGCAAGCAUAUGUCAGGGAUUUUUGCAGAAAUAGCACCAUUUAAAAAAAUUACAAAAAUAGCACCCAGCCCACACAAAUUCCAAAAGUAGCACCUUUUUUUCAAAAUCGCACCUUGGCCGUGCGGUUUACACAUAAACCGCAACCUGAGGGUGUGGUUUGAGUUUCAGAGACUAAGUCGUAUCUUGGCCAAGCAGUUUUCAUUCUUAGGCUGACCUAGCAAAAACGCCUGCUGAGGAUGCGGUUUUGUUUCUCUAACACAAACCGCAUCCUCAGAGUGUGGUUUUCAUUUACCGACACACAAACCGCACCCCCCCCCCCCCGGCGGUUUGUGUGUCGUCCCCAUUUUUCAGACAUCCAUCAUGUUGGACAUGCAGGUUGACAGACGUGGGGCUGCAUGGCAGAUGAAAACCGCACCCUCCCCCUGCGGUUUUCAGUGAUGAUUUAGCCUAUAAUAGGCAACCCUGGGAAACCUCUUCUCUUCACACCUCUCCUUCUUCUUCUUCUUCUUCUUCUUCUUCUUCUUCAAUUUUCUAUUGUAGCACCCUAGUUUUUAUUGUUUUUGCGAUUAACGUUAACUCGUAAGUUUAUUUUGUAUUACUUUUUAUUGUGAUUUAUGAUUUUUACGAUUUUAACUGAAUUACAGUUUUAUUGCAGAUGGCAUUCCAAAAGUCCACGCUUGGGUUACGCUGGAAUGGUUACACGGAAGAGACCGGAAAGGGGGUCACCUACGUCGGUGGCAAUUUUCAGAAAAUAAAGGUCGCUACCAGACCGAUGGUUGAAGACCUCCAUCAAAUGUGUACUAACGUUACUUGCAUGGAUGGCACGAGAAGAGUUGAUGGUAUGGUAUACCGAUAUCCAAACAGAGAAAGCGGGUCGUUGUGGCAUGAGGAAUAUCUCAUAACCACUCAGGAUGAAGUAGAUUCCAUGCUCGAAUUCUUGAGGUCCAAUAAAAUCUUUCCAAAGCCUAGAUGUUCGUUUACACCGAGGCGGUCGAAGGCAUUGGGGUCAUUCUGGAGACGGGCAAACAUCUGGUAUCCAUGGUGGAGGUGAAUUAUAUGGAGAUCAUCCUUACCAAAGUUACCAUGAUCCUCAUUCCUACUUUCAGUACCAAGAGCAAGGUGAAGGUCAUCAUCAAUCUUUCCCAUCAUAUGAAGAAGAAGUCCAACGGGGCCAUGCCAACCAACCCGAGUACAGCUUCCAUUCAGGUGGCGGUAGUUUUCACAACUACCAUUAUGGAGCUGAUGAAGGUGCAUUUCAUGAUCUGGAUCAUAUGGAAGAUACCCUGCCAGCACCAGUUAGUGACCCCUGUGAUGAAGAAGAAGGGAGCAAUGUUAGUGCAGACAGCUCUGACCCUCUUGAAGGUGCUGAUGAUUCAGGAGGCCCAAAGUCAGACUCAGAUGAUGAUGAGGUGUCUCGUGACCAUGUACCUAUACCGUACUACACUCACAUUCUGGACGACAAUUGGUGUGUCGACAGCAACAUGGGGCCGCCAGAGGUCCCAAUAUGGGGUCCACUCAUUGGUGAGUACGUACUACUUGAUAUUCAUCAUAAUAAAUUCCCUCUUCUUGGAACCACUCGUCCAUUUUUUCGCAAAAGUCGGACAGAGAUUCGGCGAGUUUUGAAGGAAAAGCCAAAGAAAUAUUUUCUGAUGGCAGAUCGGACUUAGCCGCAACCAACAGACUACUAUUUCCUAGGCUUUUGGGAAGGGAGGGGGAUGGAUAGAGAGAUAAUUUAUAGAGAGAAGAAUGGGUUGUGGUGUGAAAAAAUGAGGAGGCGGAGGGGGGUAUUUAUAAUUUUCAGACCGCACCCUCCAAGGGCGGUUUUUUAAUUUUUCCCUUUCCAAAACCGCACCUGGAGGGAGAGGUUCACGGCGUCCGAGGCGCAAACCGUUCGCCAGGCGUGCGGUCUUCGAUCGCUGACGCGGAUCGCUGCGCUGGCGUGCAAUUUGCCGUUGGAUCGUCAUCUAAUCCAACGGUGCUGGGGACCGCCACCUUGGGAACAUGGACCACACUGUGACAAUGCGGUUUUGGGGCUGCCCUAGCGGGGACCGCACCCUUGUUGUGCGGUUUGCACAUAAAACGCACCUUGAAGGUGUGGUUUUGAAAGAAGGGUGCUAUAUUUGGAAUUUGUGUGGGCUGGGUGCUAUUUUGUAUUUUUUUUUUUAAAGGUGCUAAUAUUGGAAAAAUCCACAUAUGUCAGCAUGGAAACCCCUUUGGUUUAAACAAUGAACAAUCACAUUUUAGAUGUUGAUUGACCUUACUAAAUGUUAACCUCAUUAGCUGAUUGAGUGCAUGCAGUUCUUAAGGAUGAAUAUCUUUGUCUCGUAUGCUUACUAAACUUACUCAACUAACACAUAAGAAGCUUCUUUCACAAGCUCGAUCUUGAAGAUAGCAAAUGUACGAUGGAUGUAGAUACUUUUAGUUGGCAUUUUGGCUAUUCAAAGGGCAUCCUUCAAAACCAACCUCGUGUAUCUAGAAUAAUAGUUAUCUUCCACCUCCUUGUAUCACCUCCGUCCCUCCAGUGCUUCAUCAAUCCUCUUAACAAAAUGUAGCACACUGUAUUGGCUACUUGCGUACCCAUUUAUCCAAUGGUUGCAUGAACUGCAUCGAGAUUGGUUGCCUCUCACGUGAGAACCUCAUUUUCAAAAGAUUUGUUCUCUCUUUUCUUUCUUUUCCAAUACGCACAAAUUUGUAAAAGAUUCGAGUUCACGAAACAAAUAAUAGAGAAUCCCACACACAGGGGGUGGACCUAUGUUAUAGGGUGGUGUGUCAAUGGACACACCUCCAAAAAAUAUUCGAUAAAAAAAUAAGGUUCGUCGGUGCCAAAAUUCAAACACAAGACCUCCUGACAUAGCUUUAUAGUGGACUCAUAAGCAUUCCAUUUGACUACAAACAUAGUAUUAUUAUAACAUUGCUAAACAACUUAUUGUAUACGGAAAUUUUAUUAAUUUGUAAACAAUUUCUUUAUACGGAAAGUUUAUUAAAUCUCCACCCAAUCCAAUUUUGAUUGGAAUAGAACUAAUUUACUUAU